CAGCAGCAUGAGGAGGCGGUACAGGGGCCCAUGGCAGAUUAGGGGCCUGGCAGCAGCUAUGGGAGGCCCGUAAUCUGCCAGCACACCCUAUGACAAAAAAUGGAACACACCAGCAGUGUGUGAGGAGACCUGAAAGUGGCACAUGGCAGAGUGUGGCGAUGGAGACUGCAGCAAUGGGAGGCCGUACAGGGACCCAUGAGAGACUCUGGACCUGGCAGCAGCAUGGCAGAGUGUGGCGAUGGAGACAGCAGCAAUGGGAGGCCGUACAGGGACCCAUGAGAGACUCUGGACCUGGCAGCAGCAUG